AUACAUGCGCCCGCUGUCACAUCUGGAUGUACAGUCUUUGUUGGACUCGCUACUACUCGACGAUUCUCACGCCGCCGUCAAACCUUUUCCUCCUUUUCUCCCGGAGAGGAGGAGAGGUGGAGAGCUCAGCCUCAGCCUUCUCUUCUUCUUCUUCCUGCCCGCACGCACGCCCAGCUCCAAGCCAGCAUCUUUCGUGGCCGUUCUUGAUCCAACCACCUCGCCGUUACUCAGCCCCUGUUCUUCCGAUUUCCCCCCCGCGCGCGCUCCAUUGCCGUCGAGAGCCGAUGCGACUCGCACCAAGGUUCCGCUUCCCGAGGAGCCCCGCGCUAUAGCGCCGCGCGCGGUUCUGGUGGGCUAGAGGCAAUGGGGGCGGAAAGGUUGCUGGUUCUGUGCCUGGUGCUUGGCGCGGUGGCGGCGGCGGCGGGGCAGCGGCGGCGUCCCAGCACGGUGGCCAUGGGCGCGCUCUUCACCUACGACUCGGUCAUUGGCCGCGCGGCGCGUCUCGCCAUCGAGCUCGCCGUCGACGACGUCAACGCGGACAAAGCCGUGCUCGCCGGCACCAAGCUCAAUUUGAUCACCCAGGACACCAAUUGCAGCGGUUUUCUCGGGACUAUCGAAGCACUGCAACUAAUGGAGAAAGAAGUGGUUGCUGUCAUUGGCCCACAAUCCUCUGGAAUAGGCCAUGUCAUCUCACAUGUUGUUAAUGAGCUUCAUGUUCCACUUCUAUCAUUCGCCGCAACUGAUCCAACCCUAUCGGCAUCGGAGUAUCCUUACUUUUUAAGGGGUACCAUUAGUGACUACUUCCAAAUGCAUGCUGUUGCUAGCAUUGUUGAUUACUACCAGUGGAAAGAGGUGACUGCUAUAUUUGUUGAUGAUGAUUAUGGGCGAGGUGGAGUGUCAGCCCUCGGCGAUGCACUUGCAGCAAAGAGGGCAAGAAUUUCAUAUAAAGCAGCCAUUCCUCCAAAUUCAAACACAGAUGUGAUCAAUGAUGUACUUUUUAGAGUAAACAUGAUGGAAUCAAGGGUGUUGGUUGUGCAUGUCAAUCCUGAUGCAGGUAUGAGAAUAUUUUCUAUAGCUAACAAGCUCCGGAUGAUGGCUAGUGGAUAUGUCUGGAUAGUAACCGACUGGCUAGCUGCUGUCCUGGACUCCUCGGGGUCUGGAGACUUUAAAGACAUGAGUUAUAUACAAGGAUUAAUUGUUCUUCGUCAUCAUACUCCUGACUCUGAUGCCAAGAAGAAGUUCAUAUCUAAAUGGAAUAAUGUAGCUCGUAAUAGGAGCAUUGGUUCUGCCUUGAAUUCCUAUGGUUUUUAUGCUUAUGAUUCAGUUUGGAUUGCUGCCCGUGCUAUCGAUCAACUUCUUGAUAGUGGCCAGCAGAUUAAUUUUUCUGCAGACCCAAGGUUGAACGAUUCAAAUGGAAGCACUUUGCGCCUAUCAACUCUUAAAAUAUUUGAUGGUGGCGAGCAGUUGCUACAGCAACUUCUGCUCACAAAUAUUACAGGCCUAACAGGUCGGGUUCAGUUUGACUCAGACCGUAAUUUGGUACGGCCAGCUUAUGAUAUCCUUAACAUUGGUGGUUCUGGGUCCCGUUUGAUUGGCUAUUGGAGUAAUUACUCUGGCCUUUCUGUUGUUGCUCCUGAAAUUUUGUAUCAGAAGCCACCAGAUACGUCAAUGAGUGCCCAGCGGUUGUACAGUGUGGUGUGGCCAGGCGACACUACUACUAAGCCUAGGGGGUGGGUUUUCCCAAACAAUGGCCAGCCUCUGAGAGUUGGUGUUCCAAAUAAACCAAGUUUUAAGGAGUUGGUGUCAGGUGGCAAUGGCUCUGAUAACGUGAGUGGUUACAGCAUUGAUAUAUUCAACGCAGCAAUCAAACUGCUUCCAUACCCAGUUCCAUGCCAAUUCAUAACGAUUGGGGAUGGUUUAAAGAAUCCCAGCUAUGACGACAUUAUUAGUAGGAUUUCCACCAAUUCCCUUGACGCAGUUGUAGGUGACUUCGCUAUUGUGAGAAAUAGAACGAAGAUUGCAGAAUUCACACAGCCUUAUAUCGAGGCAGGGCUUGUGAUAGUAGCGCCAGUGAGACAAGCAACUUCAAGUGCCUGGGCUUUCCUGAAACCUUUCACAUUAGAGAUGUGGUGUGUAACAGGUGCUCUUUUUAUUUUUGUGGGGGUAGUUGUUUGGAUUCUUGAACAUCGAACUAAUGAGGAGUUUCGAGGCUCUCCACGACGACAAGUCCUGACAAUAUUUUGGUUCAGUUUCUCAACAAUGUUCUUUGCACACAGACAGAACACCGUAAGUGCUCUUGGGCGUUUCGUGCUGAUCAUAUGGUUGUUUGUCGUGCUGAUCAUCAAUUCAAGUUACACUGCUAGCCUGACGUCAAUCCUGACAGUCCAACAGCUUGCAACCGGAAUAACUGGGCUUGACAAUUUGGUUGCAAGCGCUUUACCUAUUGGAUACCAGGCUGGAAAAUUUACAAGAAAUUACCUGAUCGAUGAGCUGAAUGUUGCUGCAUCCCGGUUGGUACCUUUGAGCACAGUCCAGGAGUAUGCCGAUGCACUUAAUCGUGGGCCAGAUGAUGGUGGUGUUGCUGCAAUAGUUGAUGAGAUGCCAUGUGUUGAGAUCUUCCUGUCACACCACUGCAACUUCAGAAUAGUCGGUCAGGAGUUCACAAAGGAGGGAUGGGGAUUUGCAUUCCAAAGAGAUUCUCCCCUUGCGGCAGACUUAUCAACCGCCAUCCUUCAACUUUCAGAGAGUGGCCAGCUUCAGAGAAUCCAUGACGAGUGGUUCACAGCGGCGACUUGCAGCUCUGAGGAAAGUGGGUUGGGAGCAGUCAGGCUCGGCCUCGGAAGCUUUUGGGGCCUUUUCCUGGUGUGCGCUCUGAUAUGCGUCUUUGCACUCUCGAUUUUCUUCGUAAGAGUCUGCUGGCAGUAUAGUAGGUACUCCAACUCUGAAGCUGCUGGUGAACCAGGCGACACAGCUGCUGUCGCCACUGCUGCUGUUGCUGAAAUACAGCCGACGAAGCCAAAACCAACGCGCCUUGGUAGCUUCAAAGAACUGAUACAGUUUGUCGACAAGAAGGAGGAAGAGGUUAAGAAAGAGAUGAAACGGAGAUCAAGCGAAAAAGAUACUCGAGGCGCUGGAUCCUCAGACGCGCACUCUGCCUCCCCAGCAUAGUUGAUUCUUUCAGGCUUCACUCUUGCAGAAGCCAAAGCUCCAGGUUCUUACACAACACAUACUGAAGUAGAUAACAGCGGUAUACUUGUAGUAGGAUAUAGAAAUCCAAUUUUUUUUUCCACGGUAUCACUGGAAUCAUGCCUUUAUCGGACAAUGUUUUCUCAAUUAUUAAUUCUCUGAGAAUCAGUUUCACAACCGAAAAA